AUGGGCCAUUUCAAGUUGAAAUUUGGUGCAAGCGAAGUUGUCAAACGUUUAAUAAGGCCCUUAUACAACUCUGGUCGAAAUUUAACAGUUGAUAAUUGGUAUAUGGGAUUUGAAUUAUCUCAAGAUCUCCUAAAGAAGAAAAUUACGAUAGUAGGUACAAUGCGUAAAAAUGAGAGAGAAAUCCCACCUGAGUUUCUGGCAGAGAAAAGAGAAGUAUAUUCUUCAAUUUUCGGUUUUCAGAAAGAAGCAACACUUGUAUCUUAUGUGCCGAAAAAAAAUAAGAGUGUGAUCCUGUUAUCCACAAUGCAUUCCGGCGAUCAAAUCGAUGAAUCUACUGGGGAAUCUAAAAAGCCUGAAAUCAUUACAUUAUAUAACAUGACAAAAGGAGCAGUCGAUGUUGUAGAUGAGAUGGCAGCUGCGUAUUCUACAGCAAGAGUAGCACGUCGAUGGCCUAUGGUGAUUUUCUUUUCAGUGUUAAACGUGGCUGCCAUUAAUGCAAGAAUAAUUCUACUAUCAAAGAAGGAACUACCAACGGAAUACCAUACCAGGCGUACUUUUCUCAAAGCCUUAGGGAUGCAGUUAAUAGAAAAUGUUCAAAAUGAACGACGACGAGCAUCUGUAGUUCCUGAUUCUAGACAAACACUGACCACCGAUGAACAUGUUAACAAUGAACCACCCAAGGAUGAAGUAGUGACAAGAUUAAGAGCAUUUUAA